UGGAGAAGGGCAGUCUGCGAGUUGUACGACGACGUGAGUUCAACUCGCACAAUUGGUCGCGCUUUUGCCCCUUCCGUCUGGCCUCCUCUCCUUGUCUAGUCGUGGCCAAUCUGGGAGGGUGGCCAUUUGCCGGGGUUCACAGUUUGUUUCACGGCUUAACGCCGGCCACACACACCUGGGGAAUAAAAAAAAUACUAUCGUCUGUGUCGGGCGAAUAGUUCGGGUUCUGUUCCACCGGGUCCUGACGAGGAGGGUGUUUUGUUGAUGAAAAACUAUCGCGAUGUACCGAUGGUGGGUUUAGUUGGUUGUUAUCAGUGCGAUAGCUCGUAGGUGUUUGUGAGCGGAGAGUGUACUACUGGCUCUGGUACUCUGGUGGAAUUUGCGUGUGGAGUUACGAGGUUGAGCCUGCCGGUCUAUUUGUGAUAAUUUGAGGAUUACAAAGUUGGUGCUGUGGAAAACAAGAGGCAAUCUAAAGUGUAGAUUUUUUUAAUAGUGUCCUGACAAAGAGCUUUGGAGGGCCUUGAAAGCUGAAGGUUUGAGGAAUAGUUUUUGUUUUGUUUUGUGAGAACAGUACAGACAAAAAACUACAAAGCUGAUACCGUUAAGGAUGCGGUCGAAAUCCGUCGCGAGACGGUUUGCUCAAGGCAGCAGCGGAGACGAAUCGGACUCGUCGCGCGGAGUUCCGUCAAGCCUAGAAGUGCCUCCGGGUCUGCAGGUGAUCCCGCUGAACCACCACCUCCACAACAGCCACCACAGUCACAACGGUGGUGGCGGAGGAUCGGCGCUGGACGAGCUGGCCCACCAAGAACGACUUAAGCAGCUGCAAAGUGCGGAACAGUUCCUGCUGCAGAUGGCCCGGCUGCAGCCCCCACCGGACCUGGACAUCCACCAGGGCUCGGUGGUGGCCAACAAGCCGAUCCCGAAAGGAACGCAGUACGGACCAUUUUUGGGAAAGUUCUUCCGGGAGUCGCUGGAUCGACGGCAGUUUAUGGACAUGAACCUCCGCGGUUGGCUGGACGCCACGCUGGAAACGGCCAACUGGUCCAAGCACAUCCGCAGUUCCGGCAGUUUGGCGGAGGUUAACGUACAGCAGUACUUCAAGGAUGGUUAUCAAUGGUUCGAAGUGGUCUGUGAUAUCAGCCCGGGGCAGGAGUUGCUGCUGCGGCCGCGGCUGCACCGCGGAGAUGAUGACAGGAGCGACCGGGGAUCGGGUUCCCAGCACAGUGAAGCGUUCGAGGACGAGUACAACACCUCGGCGGAGUUAGAUUCUAGUCACCACAAGGAUCACCUGCAUCAUCAUCACAACAACAACAACAGCAGCAUCAGCAAUCACCACAACACCACCGGUGGCAGUAGCGCGGAUCGCGAGAACUCGCGUAACAGCAGUAGCAACAGCCAGAACGGACUCGGGCACGAGGACCAGGGUCAGGGUCAGAACAACCAGGACUCGGACGAGGACGAGGAGGGCAUCGACGCGCGGUGCGUCGUCUGCGAUCAGCAGUGCCACGAUAUCGACCAACUUGACGUGCAUCUGGUGACCUCCCAUCACUACCCGAAGGACGCCUAUCGGUGCGAAAGCUGCCCCAAGGCGUACAGCUACAGGCCGUCCCUGCUGCGGCACCGGGCGCUCGCCCACAACGAGAACCGGCGCUACCCCUGCGAGAACUGUCCAAAGGUCUUCAGCGAUCCGUCGAACCUCCAGCGGCACAUCCGCACCCACCACGUGGGAGCCCGCAGUCACGCCUGCCCAGAGUGCGGGAAGACGUUCGCGACCUCGUCCGGGCUCAAGCAGCACACGCACAUCCACUCGUCGGUCAAGCCGUUCCAGUGCGAGGUCUGCUUCAAGGCGUACACCCAGUUCUCGAACCUGUGCCGGCACAAGCGCAUGCAUGCCGACUGCCGCAUGCAGAUCAAGUGCAACAAGUGCGGCCAGAGCUUCAGCACCGUAACUUCGCUGUCCAAGCACAAGCGAUUCUGUGAUUCAACGCCGGGGGCCGCCCCCGCAGGACACCAUCCGUCAGCCGGUCCAAACGUCAACGCACCCCCGAAUAACCUGCCCCAGCUCAACAUGGCCACGCCACCGAACCCGUUCCUGAUGUUCCCCGGAAGCCCGUUCUUCGCGCCCGGAUUCCGCCCCUACCCCGGAAUCUUCCCACCCAACGCAGCCGCCCAAGCGCCCCAAUUCCCGAUGCCCUUCUUCCCCAAACCAACCCAACCAACCGCCCCCAUCGAGUUCGACCGCAAAACCCCGUCCCCGCGCCUCCUCCUGGACCCCUACAACCAACACACCAUGAAGAUCUCCCCGCCAACGGCGGAAGAAGCGACCAACCCGCUAAGACCAUCCCCGGCGCGCCCCAUCCCGGUCAACUUCAGCUCGAUCCCGUCAAUGACCUCAACGCCGGUUCCGCAGAUCCCCACAACCCCGACCAUGGAUCACCACAUCAAGGCGGAAAAUGGAUCGCACAACAGCAGCGCCGGAUCGACCCGUGGUCGCGCCGAAUCGGUGCACAGCUCCGAGGACGAGAUGCCCAUUUCGGUGGGAUCGCUGCGCGUGAAGGAUUUCUCGCUCUGCUCGACGGCUUCGUCGUCUGGGUCGCUCGAGCUGAACCAGGAGCAGCGAGCUGCGUCCUCGCUCGGCAAGAGGAAAGCUUCGAUUGAGGUGGUGAAGGAAGAGGAGGAUGACGAGGACGAGGAGGAUGACCGGAAGGAGGUGGAGCCGGAAGCUAAGAUCCCCAAACUGGAGUCCUCGGAGCAACCGCUGGACCUGAGCGUCACCAAGAAGAACAAACCGCCGCGCAGCCCGUCCCCGAUCGAGGUCACAACUCCAACGCCCACGCCAACGCCAACCCCGUCGUUCUCAAACGAACCGCCCGCAAACAACCCGGCGCCCAACUCACCGAAACCGGCCAGCAUCGCAGCCGUCGCCGCAUCGCCCUCGCCGUCCCGUAUGAUCGCCGUUCAGAGUCCUUCGGAGGCGUCGCUGUCACCGCGCCCCUCACCGUCACCAUCCGCAUCCUCGCCGGGCGCUCAACCAAUCUCGUACCCGCGCCCGAUCUAUCCGAUGCUGCUGGAGGCCAUGUACCGUCCGGGACUUCCCGGCUUUCAACGAGGGCCGGCGUUCAAUUUUUUAGGCUCCCUUGGCCAGAAUUUUGAGAUGUUGAAGCGUAACGCUGCGGCCGCGGCCGCUUCCGGCUUUCCGCCGAAGCCAUUUCACGAUGCCAUAAUGGCCAUUCCGGGAGUUGGGAAUGGGGGCAAGGUCAAGGACCGCUACUCGUGCAAAUUCUGCGGCAAGAUCUUUCCGCGAUCGGCCAAUUUGACGCGCCACCUGCGCACACACACCGGUGAGCAGCCCUACAAAUGUCGGUACUGUGAACGGUCAUUUAGUAUCUCUAGUAAUUUGCAGCGUCAUGUGCGUAACAUUCACAACAAAGAGCGCCCGUUCAAGUGUCACCUGUGCGAACGGUGCUUCGGCCAGCAAACGAACCUUGACCGGCACCUGAAGAAGCACGACGCCGACGCAGCCGGACUCGGCAUCGGCCUGGGCGAUUCGCCCUCGUCGAACGAGGCCGAACGCGAGGACUCGUGCUUUGACGAGAUCCGCUCGUUCAUGGGCAAAGUGACGUACUCGGGGGCCACCGGCGGAUUGCACCACCACCAUCACCACGGUGGCCACCUGUACACGCCGAUCGACGUGACCAGCGUCGAGCCGGAACUGGACCUGGACGGGUCGAGCGACGUCGAGAGCGAUAUGAUCAAUAUCGACUCCGACAAGGAACCCAUGAACAACAACGACACGAUCGAGGUCUCCACUUAAGGGGGUGGGACCACCUUGUAUAAAGUUCCCUGUGUUGAUUGGACCAAAAACCGACGCCACUACGCGAGGAGAUCCCAGACCUCUGUACAUAAGCGCGAGGACCUAGAAAAAGCAAGCUCUGUAAACUUACCCUCUAUGCUCACUAUUAGCUAAUUACACAACCACGAUUGACCAGGCUCACUAAAGUAUAGUAUUAUGAUACAUAAGAUCAAAACACACACACACUCUCUCUCUUGAUGAACGAUAACGUUAAGCUCAGUAGACCCACGAAGUAGAAGUAGUUUUGUACAGAAAUGCAACCCCUGACAAGUAGUUGAAUAUUUUCGGUGAUAUUGAUAUUGUUUGUAAUAAAGGAAUUUUUUUUCUUAGUCUUAGUGAUAAAAGUUAAACUUUUGACACACUUGAAAGAAUUUAGUUGAUACCAAAAAAAUGAAACGAAACACUGCACGAUGCCCCCUCUAGAGAAUAGUUACUACAAAUGGUAGGAGAAUUUUAUAUGCGUUCGGCAAACGAAUUUGAAUUUAUUUUAGUUUGUAACUUAUUAUUAUUUUUUCGUUGUUUGAGAGGAUUAAUAUAAAAAAAAACACAUUUCUACAUCUGUAAUUCAUUCAAAGCGAAGAAAAAAUCAUGAAAUCAAACUGUAAAUUACUACUACUUAUUCUACUAUUACUCUUAAUAUAAACUACUUAAAAAAACAAAACAAUUGUUAGUUAGUUAUAACCACUGCAUACAAAAAUCCUACACGAUAAGCGCAAUUUUUCCAAAUCAUACAAAAAUAAACCAAUUUCAAAACCAAAAA